UCUCUCCGUACUCAGAAUCUUCUUCUUGAAAACCUCAAUAUCACAAGGGCAUCAAUUUCUCUCUCUCUCUUUUCUAGCUUAAUCCAGAAGCAGAAACUCUCCCUUCCCCAUUCCUUUAUAUACCCACACGUCCUCCACAAAAUCUACAGAGACUUGAUCCUAUCAGCUAAGAGAAACUCAGCAAGACAAAUCAAACCCUUAAAAAGCUCCAACCGUUUCCAAUUUAUUGACGGAAAAGAUGUGUUUGGUGUUCGUAUGCGACGAAGAUGAGAGGGUGAUCGGGAGGCAGCAGGCGCCGGGGGCGUGCCCCUACUGCGGCGGCAUGAUCCAGGCCCUGGACGUGCAGAGUAACUGGAGGUUCUGCUUUGUGCCGCUGUAUUUCAAGACGAAGCGCAGAUUCUAUUGCACCGUCUGCUCCAGGCGUUUGGUCGUCCAAUAACAACUCCUCCUACCGCCCAGCGGAUUCUUGAAUUCGAGGAGUUACCGUCUCGGAUUUGCUGAUCAAUACUUCUAUUUCUCUUCCUUUUUUUUUUUAGUUUUAAUUUUUGGGGUUUUCUGUUAGGUUUGUGUAAUUAUACUUGGUCUGGCUUAGGAUGUAGGAUGCGUAGUAUUUGUGUAUAUAUUGUACGGAUGAUGAAAUUAGUAACUGGUUUAUAUUGGAUAUAUUGAGUCACAUAAUUGAUUGAA